AGUCGCAGCCUGUGGUUAUCAGUCACCACCUGACAGUGCUCCGGUUUUCGUAUCGCAAAAAACUCUUCAGCCAAGCAACAAUGUCCGCCCUGAAAGUAUUCAUCUUCGUUGCCCUCUUCGCCGUGGCCUACUGCGCCCCCAGUCCCGGCUUCUUUGGCAAACACGAACACCAUACGAUUCACGUGCCUUACAAAGUGCACACGGUGCAUCAUCAUCAUGUCCAGAAGGUUCAUGUGCCGGUGGUGAAGCACGUGCCAGUGCCCAUUUACAAGGAGGUCCCUGUCCAUCAUGUCCAUCACGAGGAGAUCCCGGUGCCAGUACAUCAUGUUCAUCACGAGGAGGUGCCCAUCCACCAUGUCUUCGAUGACCAUCACGAUCACCAUGGCUGGAGCUCUCACCACGGACACGGCUGGCUGUAAGCCAUCCCCAGCUGGCCAGCUUUUCUAUUAGCCCACCAUCUAAUCAGCCAGUCCAAGUUAAAUCAGCCUGUAAAUACUGUACAAUGCUAAGUUAAUGAAUGUAAAUAAAAUCACAAUUCGACUGUA